GGCAUGGCAUUAUCAUCUUCAUCCUUAGUGUUUAAGGUUCGAAGACGUGUACCGGAGCUUAUCACACCGGCUAAACCCACACCCCAUGAAACCAAGUAUCUCUCAGACAUAGACGACCAAGAAUGUCUACGUUGCCAUAAUCCGGGGAUACAGUUCUACAGAAACGAGCCAGCGAUGAGAGAGAAAGACCCAGUGAAAGUGAUGAGGAAGGCAAUAGCUGAUGCUCUAGUGUUUUACUAUCCAUUUGCCGGUAGGGUUAGGGAAGUGCAAGACCGGAAGCUUGUCGUUGACUGCACCGGUCAGGGUGUCUUGUUCAUUGAGGCCGACGCUGAUGUGAGGCUUGAGCAGUUCGGUGAUUCCCCUCUGCUACCACCCUUCCCAUGCUUGGAUGACCUCCUCUACGAUGUCCCUGGAUCGGCUGAUGUCCUUGGCUGCCCUCUCAUGCUCAUUCAGGUGACCCGUCUGAUGUGCGGUGGAUUCAUCAUAUCUCACCGGGUGAACCACACCAUAUGCGACGCAAUUGGCUUCGUUCAGUUCAUGUCAGCCGUGAGUGAGAUGGCACGUGGCGCACAAGCUCCUUCUGUGCCACCUGUGUGGAAGAGGGAGUUCCUAAACGCAACGAACCCUCACCCAUCAGGUGUGACCUUCCUGCAUCGUGAGCACGAUGAAGUGCCUCACGAUACCACCACCGACGACAUACUCCUCGACAACGACCACAACAUGGUCCAACGCGAUUUCUUCUUCGGCCAAUCUGAGUUGGCAGCUUUGCGUAGGAAGAUCCCUCCACACCUACGCACGUGUUCCACGUUUGACGUGCUGACGGCUUUCCUAUGGCGAUGCCGCACGAUCGCUAUCCAACCCAAACCGGACGACGAGAUGCGUAUGAUUUGCUACAUCAACACACGUUCCAUGUUUCAACGGCCACCAGCACUGCCGGUUGGAUACUAUGGAAAUGUGUUGGCUUCGCCGGUGGCACUGUCAACCGCAGCAAAUCUGUGUCAAAACCCAUUAGGGUACGCAUUGGAAGUGCUGAAGAAAGCAAAAGACGAGGUAACCGAAGAGUACAUGAGGUCGCUGGCAAAUUUCCUGGUGAUGAAGGGUCGACCCCACGUAACAACAGUGAGGAGCUAUAUGGUUUCCGAUCUGAGACAUAUCGGGUUCGGAGACCUGGAUUUCGGGUGGGGGAAACCGAUAUAUGGUAGUAUAGCCAAGGGAGCUGUAGAACCAUAUCCUGCUCUCUGCAGCUUCUACAUACCGUUCAAGGACCAUAAAGGUGAAGAUGGAAUCAUGGUGCCGGUUUGCUUGCCUGAGCCGGCGAUGAAGAGGUUUGUGACAGAGAUUGAAAGCAUGAUAAAGGUAUCCUCCGCUAUGUGGAUCCGUAAUUUUAUAUGGGCUGGAGAAGCUGCCACGUCCAAAGCCAUCACAGUUAAAUGGGAUCGACUGUGGCUAGGCAAUGAAAGUGUGGAAGAGCUUCUCCUUCCCAAAUGCAUUCCAAAAACCUUGAAAUCCUCGGUUGCUGACUUUUUAGAAGAAGAAAGGACACUGCCAACAGUCCAAGAUCUUGAGCUUCAAGGGGUGCUCGAUCAAGCUUCUAGUAGUGGGAUCACUUGCUCUAAUAGAGAGGAUAAGAAAUUCUGGGCGCAUACUCUCUCAGGUAACUUCACUGUUAAAUCGGCUUGGGAAGCUUUGAGAUCGAAGGCUGCAACGCCUGGUUGGGUUGCGACUAUCUGGAAUCGCGAUCUCCACCCGCGAACCUCGGUCUUUGGCUGGAGACUUGCUCUAGAUGCGCUUCCCACUGAUCAUAAUGUGAGACGCAAAGCCAUUCCUCUACCAUCGCGGUGCGAGCUCUGUCAUGCUGCUACUAAAUCUAGCCAACAUUUGUUUUUGGAUUGUUCUUUCUCCAACCAGGUGUGGAGGGAGAUCCUUGGUGUUUUCAACCAGCCUUGGAACGGUUUCCCUUCUAUUGAAAGAUUGUUCUCGUGGUGGCGCAGGAAAGCCAGAUUAGUGCCUUUGUCGAACGCUUGGAAUUCCCUGCCAAUCAUUUGCUGCCACCAAAUUUGGUGGGAACGAAACAAACGAAGGUAUGAAGGUCUAUGUAGAACUCCAAAGCAAAUUUCUAAAGCUUGUUUCCAAGAGAUGGCAGAUUAUUCUAGAGGAAGAGGAGAACCUAUUCGCACAGCCCAUGAACUUGCCAUGGCUAGAGCUCUGAAGAUUUGUAUUGCUAAACCCACUGCUAGAAACACAGUUGAAGUAAGAUGGCGACACCCUCCUUUGGGGUGGUGGAAGUUGAAUAUAGAUGGGUCUUCUCUGGGAAACCCAGGGUCCUUGGGUGCAGGAGGCAUUCUGUGUGAUCAUAAGAGAGCUGUUCUAAUGUGUUUCGCUGAAUACCAGGGAGUUGGAACCAAUUUCAAAGCUGAAAUGGGAGCUUUCUUCUCAGGUAUAAGACGGGCUUGUGAUCUCAAAGCUGAUAAGCUGUGGAUUGAAUGUGACUCGGAGGCUACUGUCAAGUCCAUUCUAUCAAGAAAGUUCCCUUGGUUUCACAUGCAGGAUUGGUGGUCCGUGAGCACUUUGCUUGACACCAUUCAAUGGCGUAUUGCCCACUGUUUUAGAGAAUCCAACUCUGCUGCAGAUUCUCUAGCCAAUUUUGUAGCCAAGAGGAAAGCAUCUACUGUUUGGAAUGCCCCCCCUAGCUUCAUUUUGCAUAAAGUUAGUUGGGAAGCGCUUGAGCACCCCUACUAUAGAUUUAAUUAA